UCUCUUUCUCUUCAUAACAUCGAAAAUUCUCUCUCUCUCUCUUAUAGUAGUGAGUGUGUGCAUGGAGAGAAUGGACGGUCAUGAUCAUCACCAUCAUCAUGAUCAUCACCACCAUGAUCAUGAUGAAGAACAAGAAGUAGUAGUAGUAGGGUUUCACUCCACAUCCUAUCCAUGCGCAUACUACGUUCAAAGCCCCUCCACCGUCUCCCACUCCAACAGCGCGGCCGACCUCCUCCGCAACAACACCGCCCUCAGCAGCACCGCCGACCAAGACUACUUCUCCUCCUCCAACUCCCACCACCACCACAAGAAGAUCUCCUACGACGCUCGCAGCCACGAGACGGCUGCGAGCGCCGAUCAUCAGAAGUACAGUAACAGUGUUGGUGAGAAGCGUCGUCUCAUCAUCACUGCUACUGCUGAUGAUCGCGAUUGUGGUGAAGAUGACGACGACGAUGAUUAUGUUUAUUAUUAUGGCGAGAAAAGAGGGUGGUGGAAGAGGUAUUGUUCGUAUAGAAACUCCGAUCCGAGUGGUUGGAUUUGUAUACAGAUAAGUUGGAGAUUUGUGUUGAGUUUGUGUGUUGCCUUGCUUGUUUUCUAUAUUGCUUCAAGACCACCACCGCCUAAGCUUUCCAUUCAGAUUGGAAGAGUUGGAGUUUUUGGGCUUGGAGAAGGAGUGGAUAGCUCAGGAGUGACAACUAAAAUCCUCACUUGCAACUGUUCCCUAAAUCUCAUCAUAGACAACAAAUCUAAGCUCUUUGGCCUCCAUAUUCAUCCUCCAACCAUCGACAUGUCGUUCGAGCGCCUCACCUUCGCAUUAGCCCGAGGUCCAGAGAUGUAUGCAGAGAGCGGGCGGACAAGGUUCCCGAUGUACAUAGGAACAAAGAACAAGCCAUUGUAUGGAGCAGGAAGAGACAUGGAGGACUUGUUGGAGUCAGGCCAUGGGAUGCCAUUGUUGAUUCGAAUGAAGCUCAGUUCUUCCUUCAUAGUCAUUCCAAGCCUUAUCCACCCCAAAUACCAUCACCAGGCCCAUUGUUUGCUGAUCCUUCGAAGGCCCUAUGAUAAGACCCACCGAACCCACUUGUACAAUGCUACUUGCACCGUUACACAACAUUUGGUCAAAUAGACACUUUUCUAUUAUUGUUUUGUAAAAUGACAUUUUUUUUAUAAUUCUUUAUAAAUAGCACUCUUGAUGAUGACACACUGAAUCUUGAAUGCUACGUUACCAAGAAUUAUAAAAAUAAAAGACUAUUUUACAAAAUAGUGACAUUAGGAAAAUGCCUAUUUUUAUACCCAUUAUUACUCGUGUAUAUAUAUAUAUAUAUAUAUGACAACUUUUUAUAGGAGUUUUUAAGCCCUACCGAUAGGGCUCUCAGUGUUUCUCGACCCGUGAAUAGUUUUCGGCGCAACUUUUUUUUAUGACCGUGUAUAUUGUAGCUAUUUAGAGCAUCCUGCGAAUUUUUAGAAAAUUUCGAAUAGUUUACAGUAUCGAAAACUAGGUUCAAACAUGUUGUUUUCCACGCACAUAAAAAAAAUUAGUCACGCGUGCAACAACAUAUUUGAACCUAGUUUUUGGUACUGUAAACUAUUCGGAAUUUUCUGAAAAUUUACAGGAUGCUCUAAAUAGCUACAAUAUACACGGUCAUAAAAAAAAUCACGCCAAAAACUGUUCACAGAUUGUAAACACUGAGAGCCCUACCGGUAGAGCUUAAAGUAAAGCCCCUAUAGAAAAAUUACCCUAUAUAUAUUCACUGUAUAUGAAAGCAAGAGAAUCAUGCCAAAGGAAAGGUGUGUGGUGUUUAAACUUAUAUUAUAUAUAUAUAUAUAUGUAUGUUUAUUGUAUGUGUUUGUCUUGAUAAUUAUAUUAUAAGAAGAAAUUAAGGUGUAAGGACGUGAAAUAAUGAGCUUAAUCUUUGUUACAAAUUCUUUAUCUGUACAAAUACAACUUGGUCAUAGAAUAUGUAAACGACAUGUAUAAUUUGGUGCUAUAUAUAU